AUGAAAAGUGCAGACAUUGGCGUUGGAUGGAUUGCAGAUGGAAAGAUGUAUUUUCAAGAUCGUUUUGCUUUUGGGUUUACUACGCCUAUAAUUGAUAAUACAACGACAGAUUGGUUUGCUUUAAAUGGAAAAGAAGAAAAUGGUUGGACUGCACUUCAAUUCAAACGAAAACUUGAAACGUGUGAUUCAAUGGAUGUUCCAAUCAAAUUUGGCACUAGCACUUUAAUCUAUGCUUACGGUCUGGAAGACCCCAAUCCAGAUAUAAGUUACCACGAAAAAAGAAGAGGAAGUCGUACAUUACCGUUAUUAGGCUACGCAAAUCCACCGGAUGAAUCAAAAUUCUAUGGCUUGGAAACAUAUGAAUUUAAGUUUAAUAAUUUCCUUGUACCAGCUAGUGAUACGACCUAUCACUGCAAGGUAUUCAAAGCACCAGUAUUUAAAGAAAAACGACACGCUAUCGCACAUAAAAUGUUAAUUGAAGAAAAAAAUCGGGACAUUGUUCAUCAUUUGUUAGUUUACGAAUGCGAUCCUUCAACGGUAUUUCCAGAUGAUAACAAUCUACCGGACAAUGCAUGCGAUUAUGACAAUGCUCUUAAUGACGGCUCCGAAUUGUGUAGAACAAACAUUGCAACAAUUUGGGCAGUCGGUGGAGACCUGAUAGAGGAAUUUCCGGAAGAAGCUGGUUAUCCAGUUGGAGGCGAUUUUAGUGUCAAGUACUACGUAUUAGAAAUGCAUUACAAUAAUGAUCUUUUGAUUUCAGGUCGUCGUGACAAUUCUGGGAUACGAUUCUAUGUUUCACCAACAUUACGUUUGCACGAUAUGGGCUAUUUAACAUUUGGAAGCACAUCAAAUGCACUAGGUCUAGCCAUUCCACCGCGCACGGACCGUUUCAAUGUUGAUUCUUAUUGUCCUGCGAAAGUAACACAAGUAUGA